AUUUUCACAUUGGAUCUGAAAAGCUGGAAAUAUGAAACCUGAGACAUCCUCCUCAAUUUAAAGUUUUUCUUUUUGUCGUAGAUGGCUUCCGGUACUCCUCUUCCCAACCAUCUAUCUUCUCUGUCAAGAAUGUGUACUUUGUCAUCUUCAAAGACGUGUCCCUUGUCCUCCAGCUGCAAGUUUAAUGCAGAGUCUUGGCCUGAAGAGGUGACUUUCCUGUGUUGUGCUCAGCACGGCUGUGUCUGCAGCUCACUGAUCCCCCAGGAGAUGGGUCAAAUGCAGAGAACAAAUUUCACACAGAAGUUUGACAACUAGUGGGACUUUGGCUUUCUGAAAGACCUCCUCAUUCCCACCAGCAUGUCUUCCAGCGUGGAAGUGAGGCUGGGGACUUUGGAAUCACUCCAGUCUAAAGUUAAAGUCCCACUAGUUGGCACACACACACACACACUGGUGUGAAAUUUGUCCUCUGUAUUUCACCCAUCUCCAGGGGGAGCAGUGAGCAGCAGACACAGCCGCACUCUGGAACCAUUUGGUGGUUUAACUACACAAUCUAACCCCUCAAAGCUGCUUGUCAAGCAAGGAGGCAUUGGGUCCCAUUUUUUCAGUCUUCAGUUAUACCAGACCAGGAUUUGAACCCAGAUCUUCCAGUCCCAAGGCAAAAACUCAUACCACUAGGCCACUGAGCUGGGCAUUUUGGACCGGGCUCCAGUAGCCGAUUUAGCAAUUUGGGGGCCCAAGGCGAACACAGACAUGGGGGCCACCUUACACUAAAUUUGCUACAAUCUUAUCUUUAACUGGAUUUGGGAAACUCUACCCUCUUCUGACACGAGUUAUUUCCACACGUAUCCAACGCCUGGGGUAAAACGGAGAUUUCACAGAAUUGUGACCUUUACCCUCUUGCUUUUUAACCUUCCCCUCACCCCCAUCCAAACCUUAACCAGCUUGCGCAUGCAAAGCUUUGUUUCACGUUUCAUCAUUCCUCUCAAACACGCUUAACAGAAAUUUUACACUGACAUACAGGGUUAAGGUUAGGAUGGGCGUGAGGGGAAGGUUAAAUCGCUAGAGGUUAGAGGUGAAGUGUCGGUGAAAUCUCAGUUUUACCACGGGCAUCAGAUACCGAAGCUCUGGCACACAGUGUCAUUUUUUGACGCUUAGGGUGUGAGAAUGUGUUGGUUGAAAAGUUGCUUUCCUGUCAACCAAUUUCAUUAGACGACCUAACUAAGCUGAUGGACCUGGCUAAACACAGUGGUACUCUGGAGAACAUUAUGCCCCUAUGUCUGCCUAGAGAAGUUUUUUUGACAGCUGCCCCAUCAGUAUUGCAUAAGAUCAACUUGAGUCUGGAUUCUGGUUUGGUCCCGAAUGGUUUAAAAAAGGUGGUUAUCCAUUCUCUCCUAAAUCAGCCUAGUCUGGCUGCUUCACUGCCUGUUGAUCAUAGACCUAUCUCCAAGUUUCUGGUUUUGAGUAAAUUGCUUGAGAAAUGCAUUCAUGCCCAUUUACUGGAAUUCCAUCCAUUCAUUUUCUGAACCCACUUGUCCACGUAAGGGGCUGGUGCCUAUCUCCAGCGGUCAACGGGCAAUCAGGCGGGGUACACCCUGGACAGAGUGCCAGUCCAUUGCAGAGUUUAGAAUUUUUGAAUGGAAAUAAUAUUGCGGAAAUGUUUCAGCCUGGUUUUAAAGCUUUUCACAGUACUGAGAUGGCACUGGCAAAGGUGCUGAAUAAUAUUUUCUUAGCAACUGACGGUGUGAAGUUUGUGUUGCUUGUUCAAGGCAAGGAGAAGUUUGACCAUGUUACCCCGAUUCUGGCCGUACUACAUUGUUUGGCCAUUGUUUUUAGAAAUCCUCAACUUUCUUUUACUGGUCUUUAAGCCUCUGAAUAGAUUGGCGCCGCCUUACCUGGCAGCCUUAUUAUGGCCAAAUAUCCCGACUCGGACACUGAGAAUAUUCUGCUGUUUUUGGUUGCUAGAUCAUCUGAAGACGAGAGGGGAUUGAGCCUUUUCAGUGGCAGGCCCGAAGCUUUGGAAUGAGCUUCCUCUGUCCAUAAGGGCUUCUACUUCUGUAGCAGCUUUUGUGGGUUUCAUCCUGGCCAAGGAGCACUGGACCAGCUCUAUACCCUUAGGGGGGUCCUGGAGGGCGCACGGGUGUUUGCCCAACCAAUCUACAUGUGUUUUGUGGAUUUGGAGAAGGCGUUUGACCGCAUUCCUCAGGGGUCCCUGUGGGGGGUACUCUGGCAGUAUGGGGUACCAGGCUCUCUGAUACGGGCUUUUAGGUCCCUGUAUGACUGGUGCCAGAGCUUGGUCCGCAUUGAAGGCAGUAAGUCGGGCUUGCUUCCGGUGAAAGUUUAACUCCGCCAAGGCUGCCCUUUGUCACCGAUUUCUAGGCACAGCAGAGGUGUUGAGGGGAUCCAUUUUUGUGGCCUAAAAAUUGAGUCUCCGCUUUUUGCAGAUGAUGUGGUCUUGUUUGCUAAAUCAGAUUGUGAUCUCCGGCUCUCACUGGAGCGGUUCGCAGCCGAGUGUGAAGCAGCUGGGAUGAGAAUGAGCUCUUCUAAAUUCGAGACCAUGGUCUUGAGUCGGAAAAGUGUUGAAUGCCUUCUCCAGGUCAGCGAUGAGGUCCUGCCCUAAGUGGAGGUGUUUAAGUAUCUCAGAGUCUUGUUCACAGGUGAGGGAAAUAUGGAAUACGAGAUGGAAAAGCGAUGCUGCAUCUGCUGUGAUGCGGGCGUUGUACCAGUCUGUCGUGGUAAAGAGAGACCAGAGCCGUAAGGCAAAGCUCUUGAUUUCCCGGGUCGAUCUACCUUCCUACCGUCACCUAUGGUCACGAGCUUUGGGUAGUGACCAAAAGAAUGGGAUUGCAGAUACAAGCAGCCUAACCCAACUGGAAGAGCUGGCCCAAGUGGCUGGGGAGAGGGAAGUCUGGGCCUCUCCACUUAGGCUGCUGUCCCUGUGACCCGACUCCGGACAAGCAGAAGAAAAUGGGUGGAUGGAUAAUAACAUUUGAGUUAUUUUGUUUUAUCACUUUUAAAAUCCCAAUGUUUUUUUUUUUUUCCUUUGUUUACAAGUGUUUUCUCUGCUAGGUUCAGCACCCAUUUCGGCCAGGUUGUGGGCCUAGAUUGUUAAUGACUGGCCACUUUUAGGUUCAGAGUGGCUAACGUAAAGGAGCUGAAGGUCAGCCACGGAUAAGAACGUAUCAGGAACAAUGUGAGGUUCCGUAGCUGACGCCGGGUUUACACGAGGAGGUAAACUGAUCAGUGACCAGCAGAUGCCCUGGAACCGUUCCAGUCUGUGAUGUUGAGUUGGACGUGUGCCAAGAGUCAAAUAACAACAAGAUCAGCAAGUCUUCAUCGUCUCCUCAUCCUCAUUUGGGAGGGAUAAAAAGGAGUGAGAGGAGACAUACAGCCAGAGCGUCCCACAGACACAUCUGUGCAACAGCUUCAGAGUCUCCUCAGCAGCAGCCCUCAUCCUCCAGUAGAAGCUCUCUGUCAGCUAGUCGCUCACCUCCAACAUGCUCCGCCCCCUGCUCUGCCUGUUAGCUGCCAUUGCACUGCCAGGUGCCUCUGGACAGUCUUCACAGAGUUUUUCUAACAACAUGAAGUUAGACAUCAGCUCGUGUCCCAUCAUGUACUUUGGUCAGAAGUAUGAACAAGUCUACGUGAACUUCACAAAUGAUAACACGGUAUUCUGCUUCAAUGGAUUCUACAACCCUGGAACUAAAGGAGACUGUCUGGUGGCUCCUAAAGCGGAGGAUGGUCAAAUGGCCAUUUAUGGACGUUCUGACGGCAUCCAAAUGAUAGUCAACAUCUUUGUGCCGACCAUCACAAACUCAAUGAACUGCAGUGUGCUCCUGAAUCUUGGAUCCACCAUUUUCCUCUAUUUAGUAAACUUUGGACCACAAGCAGUUCUGAUGCUGCAAUCACCAGAAAGUCCAGUGAUUGAUGUUCUGGCAAAUAGUGACAAAGUUGACACACUCAGACCUGUUGAAGGAAUCGCCUUCUCAGACGUCAGCGGCUGCAGAUACUUGGGUCUUCCAUAUAAGGUUGGUUCAGUGGUGAGCUCUGAUCCUAAAACCUGUGAAAGUCUCACCUGUUCCACCGCUGACGUUCUCACGCACUCUGCCUGUGGACCCCUGGAUCGUUGUGGAAGAAAUGGCAUCUGCUCCUUUGACACCAUCUGCACUGUGACAGGCCCGGCUGUCAUUGACAUCCAGGGCCACAAGAACUCAGUCGAAGAUCGAUGUGCGUACUCUCUGCUGUCCAUCCCAUCAGUCCCAAACUUUCUGGUGCUGGCCAACUUCCAGGAGCGCCGUCGGAAAGACGUGAGCUUUCUGGACAGCGUGACUCUGCAAGUGGCUGGGUCGGGCGUGCAAAUCCACCUGAUACAAGGAGGCAGAGUUCUGCUGAACAACUCAUCAAUGGUCCUCAGCAGCUCGGUGCAGCUGGUUAAUGGUGUGGAGCUCUCUAAGGACAAUACUGGUGUCACUGCCAAGGUGUCUCUCUCCAACUUCACCACCUCUGUCUUCUUUGAUGGCUACACUGCUCAGAUCCGUGUGCAAGGACCUUCUGGAUCCUCUCUUCAGGGUUUGUGUGGAAACUCCAGCAGACCUUUGAGUGGCCUGAGGCUCUCUGAGCACAGCUCCACCAGCUGUAACCUCCUGAAGAAGGCACCCUUCUCCUCCUGUAACAUCGACCCAGAGCCCUACAUAAAGGCCUGCUCAGACACUUUGUGCAGGUAUCCUGCGGUCGAUGGUCUACCGUGUCAGUUCCUAGAGGCCUACACCAGAGCCUGCAGCCUGAUGAGCAACACCACACUGGAGGGCUGGAGGACCGUGGCUGAGUGCUCCUCCCCUGAUGCCUUCUGUCAGGACCAGACCUGCAUCGAUAACGAGUUCUGUGGAGAGACUUCUGGUGGAGAAACCCGAUGCUUCUGCCGGUCCAUUUUUGCCUCCCCUUACAGAGAGAUCAGUGCUUUGGGGACUCCGACGGUCUGCAGCCAGAACUCUGCUUCUCUCACUCUGAUCGGCUGUCUCCUGGCGGAGAAAGGAUUCGAUUACUCAGCCUUACACCUCAGAGAUCCAACCUGUACAGGUCAGGUUGAUGAGAAGACUCACAUGGUGACUUUCAGCUUCAACAGUAACAGCUGUGGGACACAGGUCAUGACCAAUAGCACUGAAAUCAUCUACAAGAACACCAUCAUGGCUCAGAACAGCUCCUCUGACAUCAUCACUCGCCAAGACCAGGUCCACAUCGACUUCUCCUGCAUCCAGACUCAGCCAGAUCUGAAGACAGUGGCCUUCAGGAUCAGAGACAGCUCUGUAGUCCAGGUCAUCACAUCUGGACCUUGGACCUACACUCUGACCAUGAAGGCCUACACUGACGCCAGCCGCACACAAGCUGUGGACCCCAGUACUGAAGUCCAGCUGAAUCAGAAGAUCUGGGUGGAGCUAGCCACUGAUGGUCUCGAUGCAAAUGUUGUCUCCUUGGUGACCGAGUCCUGCUGGGCUACCAACGAGGCAUCACCAGAUGGGGGUCUAAGAUACGACCUGAUCCUGAAUAGCUGUCCGAACGUUGCAGACCAGACAGUGACGAUGCAGGGAAACGGACAGGGCACCUCCAAUUACUUCUCCUUCAACAUGUUCCAGUUCUCUGGGAGCUCAGGUGAAAUCUACCUGCACUGCAAACUGCAGCUGUGUGUCAAGCAGGAGAGCAGCUGCAUCCCGGUGUGUAGCGGAGCUCGGGGACGGAGAUCCAUCAGGUCCAGAUAUGAAGCUGCCUUCAUCAGCAUGGCCUGGACCACUUAGGUGGUUUCCAUGGUAACGGACUGACUGACAGGCUGCCGACCUCUACGAUGAUCCCUGACCUUUGACGGGUUCUUAUCCAGAUUCUGGGUGUGGAACCAGCAGCUGAUGUCUUCUCUGUUGUGACUGGAACACGGGGAAGUGUUUACAUCAGCAGAACCAGACGCAACGCCAACAGAACCGGGUCACAUGCUCAGAAACAUGUUUAGUCUGGUUCUGUUUUCAUCCAAUAAAAGAAAGUUACGGUUUUAUUUAAAUGUUCUGGUUCUGCUCAGGUAAACAUUACCAAAGAAUAGCCUGAGACCCUUAACCUCAUUAAAAACAAAUUAACAAACGUCAUCUGUAAACGUUCCGGUCUAAAAGACGAAACAUCUUCAUUUAAACAGGAAAAUCUAAUGAUCAGUGAAUAAAUAACUCAAUAAUUGUUUAAACCUUUGAUGUAACCAAUCAUUUAAAGAGCAAGUAACCCCCUACAAGAAACUUACUUCACUCCCACUUCAUGUUUGAAAAAUGCAACACAUGCUGUUGCCUAGCAGACCGAGAGGGCGGAGCCGCUAACAAAUACACACACACAGGCUCACAAUGGCAUUAUGACAUCAUAAUGUACCAGAUGACAUAAUAUCAUACCUCUUAGCCAAUAGCGGUGGCAGAUUUAAAUUCAAAUACAGUGCAGAAUUUUUCCCUGACGACGGCGCAACACUGCCAGUUUUAGGCAGAAUAUUUUAAUUUUAACCAAGACGCACUGAAGUGCCAAAUAAUUGACUACACGUGUCUGCAGCACGAUUAGACACUCCUUUACAUAGUUUAUCAGCAAAAAAAAAGUGAUUUGGGGGUGACUUGCUCUUUAAGUCAUGCAAACAUAAACAAAAGAUCGUUUUAUUUACAGGUAUUUUCUCUCCUCGUCUCUUCUGGGUUUCUGUAGUUAUUAACGACUAAUGAAGUAGUCUGGAUGUCAUGUAGCACUCUGGGAAAAAUCUAUGAAGGACUUUAACACAAUCAGCACUUUUAACUAUAGGUCAAUUAUACUCCGGUGGGUUUAAAGGACUUUAAUCUGGAUUAUGGACUCUGGACAGAACUUUAACUGUUUUGAUGUUAGAAUUCACAAUAAAGUUUCAUUCAAAAGGGAAAAUGUGACUGUUUUGGUGUUUUCUUCCUUAAGGGCUCUGCUUUUAUGUUAAAGGUGUCAUCAGCAUUGCUUUAUGUGUUUUAUUAAACACAAAAAUACAAUGAAACAUCUCAGAUACCUGAGCAGGAUCGGCGCUCAAACAGCUGAUAGCUCCGAUGGAAUUCCACAGGCGAAACUGAAGACUUAAUGAAACAACGUGAUACGAUUUAAACUAACAUUUGUCGAGUAAAAAGCUAAAUUUUUUUUCAGAUUAGAGUUAGAAUCACAGACACCAUCUUACAGUGAUGAUCAUCUUAGUCCCUACGCCUCCAGCAGGUCCCUGAGGUGCAGAGAUCGAAGCCUACUGGUUGUGCGGCGCACCAGGCUGAAGACCAAAACGUUUAGGGCUGUUUCUAAACAUUCAAGUAUGCUAGUACAUUCUUGUGUACUUGACAAGUACCCAAAGGUCAAGUAUCCACAUCAAAAUGAAGAGGAGUAAACAUUUAAUUUGCAGACACAAACUGUGACACACAUCCAUCUGCCUGGCCUCCAAACAAGAGAAGCAAGGAUUUACGACCGUGCAACCAAAUAAGUAGCCAUAAUAAGCGCGAGAAGACGGGGCCAUGUCGAAGACGAGACUUUCUGCACUCUCAU